CCUGCUCAGCCCAGCAUAGAAAAAGCAGCCAGGAAAGAGAGAGAGAGGAGAGAGCGGCCUGUCUGUGAGCUGGUGAGAGGAGAGGCUCCCUCAUGGCUGGAGAAGGAAAGCAAGAGCCCCAGAGCGCCCCUCUAUGUACCCCUGCCACCAACAAGGAGAGGGGCACCCUGGCCUGUUGGGAACACAGGGAGUGAAGGGGAGGCUGCUGUUCCCACUGCAAAAGCCACUAUCCAGGAGGGAGAGAGGAUUGCAUUCAACACCCACCAUUGGAAUAACACCCCAAAAGAGGAGGGGUAUUGGGCUAACUCAGAUAAAGGUGCAUCUGCCCUUGGUUUCCCUGCAGUAACACCGCCUGUCAUGCUGUCCCAGCAGCCCGUGAUUAUUUUCCCAUGAAAGAUGGAGCCCCCCAGGGUGGAUGGAACAUAUAGAUUAUUGUCUCCCUUGGGACUGACAGCACUCACUGAGCAAUUCCUAAAUAUUUACAGAAGGCAGGGGGAGGGAGAUGGUAGGCUGCAGCAGGUUCCACAGCCUCCAGCGGUGCCUCUGAUGUCCUAAAUGUACCUACUAAUGUAUGGACUGCAUUGCCUUCCUCUGCUGUGGACCGUCAGGAGAGAUCUGCACCCGCUCUGAAUGACUGUACUUGGCUGCCAGUGCUACUUUGCAUGGAGGUACAAGUGUGUGCCGCCUCAGGCAGGCUGGGAGCUGUCAGGAGACUCAGGAACCUUCUGCUGGUCUGUAGCUGAAGGAUAGCUUCCCUGCUGGAGGGUACAGGCUGGAAAGAAGACAAAAAAAAGUCCCAGGCAAAGUAUAUACUGAUAACAUGGCCUCCCCCGUGAACCAGCAGCUGCUACAUCACACGGAGGUGAGAUGUGAUGGCAGCGGAGACUGUAGCAGUGUGACUGUGAAAAUUAACAGGCAGCAGAACCAAGGAUCCUCCAGACGUUGCAAAUACAGCAUAUCCUCCAGCUGUAGCUCGGGGGAGUCUGGAGUGAAGAAAGGUGGGGGGACCGGGGGUGCUCGGAGGCAGAAGAAGCUCCCUCAGCUUUUUGAAAGGUCCACGUCUAACUGGUGGAACCCAAAAUUCGAUUCCAGUAACCUAGAGGAGGCCUGUGUGGAGAGAUGCUUCCCGCAAACACAGCGCAGGUUCCGCUAUGCUCUUUUGUACCUCUCUGUGUCUGGGCUCCUGUGGAGCAUCUACUUUGGCAUCCAUACAAAGUCCAAACUGAUUGCUCACCUUGUACCAACUUUGAGCUUCCUGGUGGUGUGCCUAAGCUUCUUUUUCUUUACCUUCACCAAACCUUAUUCCCGACACUGCACAGUGGUCUCCAUGGUUGUCACAAUUCUGGUCUUUGCUCUCACGUUGGCCUCGCAGUUCCAGGCAUUGACCCCCGAAGCUGCCGCUGAUGGACUCUCAAACUUUACCUCCCUCCCACCUACGGGUUCCACUUCUUGCUUAUCCCAGAUUGGCAGCUUUUCCAUAUGUGUGGAGGUUCUACUAUUGCUCUACACAGUCAUGCACCUGCCCCUGUACCUCAGUGCCUGCCUUGGGGUGGCAUACUCUAUUCUGUUUGAGACCUUCGGAUACCAUUUUCGCGAUGAAGGGUGUUUUGCUCCUUUGGUGGGUAGGAUGGCCCAUUGGGAACUGCUCAGCAAAGCUCUGCUGCACGUCUGCAUUCACGCCAUAGGAAUGCACCUGUUCAUAAUGUCUGAGGUUCGAUCCCGCAGCACUUUCUUAAAGGUUGGCCAGUCCAUUAUGCACGGCAAAGACCUAGAAGUGGAGAAGGCCCUCAAAGAAAGGAUGAUUCACUCUGUCAUGCCAAGGAUCAUCGCCGAUGACCUAAUGAAGCAGGGCGAUGAUGAGAGUGAGAACUCUGUCAAGCGCCACUCGGCCUCUAGCCCCAAGAGUCGCAAGAAGAAGUCCUCUAUCCAAAAGACUCCCAUAGUCUUCAGGCCUUUCAAGAUGCAGAGGAUAGAACAAGUCAGCAUCCUUUUUGCAGAUAUUGUAGGGUUCACCAAAAUGAGUGCCAACAAAUCUGCCCAUGCCCUAGUGGGACUUCUCAAUGACUUAUUUGGCCGCUUUGACCGGCUCUGUGAGGAGACGAAGUGUGAGAAAAUCAGCACCCUGGGCGACUGCUACUACUGUGUGGCAGGAUGCCCCGAGCCACGGACCGAUCACGCCUACUGCUGCAUUGAGAUGGGUCUUGGGAUGAUUAAGGCAAUUGAGCAGUUCUGCCAGGAAAAGAAGGAAAUGGUCAACAUGCGUGUCGGUGUCCAUACUGGCACGGUUCUAUGUGGCAUCCUUGGUAUGAGAAGGUUCAAAUUUGAUGUGUGGUCAAAUGACGUCAACCUUGCCAAUCUUAUGGAGCAGUUGGGAGUUGCUGGUAAAGUGCACAUUUCGGAGAAAACCGCAAAGUACCUGGAUGACCGCUACUUGAUGGAAGACAGUCUGGUGGUGGAGCGUGUGGGACAGAUCGUAGCGGCUGAUCAACUUAAAGGACUGAAGACCUACCUGAUCUCCGGGCGCAGGCCGAGGGCCCCCAGUUGCAGCUGCUCCCAGACUCUGCUCCCAUCGCAGGAGGGACCAGACCCCGCCGUUGGCUCACAGACAUUGUGUGGUGCAGGGGCCCUCAUCCCGGACAGCGCCAGUGAGUCCCUUCUUCACUGCUCUCACGUGGAAAAACUCAAGAGCUGUCCAUCCUGCGGAGACCCCGGGACCAGAGAUGGAGCGGAGGAAGGGGCAGCUGCAGCCAACGGGACCCCAGAAGAGUGGAAAGGAGGGGGCACUCGGCCAACAGCCAUCGGGCGCCACUUGAAAACCCAGAAUGGGCUACUAAGUCCCCCUCCAGAAGAAACACUGAACAACAGCCAGGCCUCCUUGUAUGAGAUGCUUCAAGAAAAAGGCCGCUGGUGUGGAGUUAGCAUGGACCAGACGGCCCUGCUCCCUCUCCGCUUCAAGAACAUCCGGGAGAAGACAGACGCUCAUUUUGUGGAGGUCAUUAAAGAAGACAGCUUAAUGAAGGAUUACUUCUUCAAGCCACCAAUUAACCCACUGAGUCUGAACUUUCAAGACAAGGAGCUGGAGACUUCAUAUCGAGCCAGCUACCAGGAGGAGGUCAUGCGCAUGGCUCCAGUGAAGACCUUUGCUAGCGCCACCUUCAGCUCUCUGCUGGAUGUUCUUCUCUCCUUCUUCAUCUUCCUGCUCCUCUCCGUCACCUGUUUCCUGAAGCCAGGCGCGGUUCCUGCAUUCCCACCAACGCCGGCACUUGCUGUGCUAGCAGUCUGCGGCCUCCUGGGAUUUCUGUCCUUGCUCGUCUCUGUCAGGAUGGCGUUCUAUUUGGAGGAUACGUUCCUGUGUACCAGGCGGCUCUUGGAAGUUAUCUCUGGCUGGCUGCCCCGUCACCUAAUUGGCACCGUGCUCGUGUGUCUCCCCGCAGCAGUCGUCUUCUCCUACCUGACCGCGGACUUCUACACCAACACACACUAUACCAUGUUCCUGUGUUCCGCUCUUGUGAUCCCUAUGGUGCAGUACUGUAACUUCUGUCAGCUGAGCUCCUGGCUGCGAUCCUCUCUUGCAACUCUGGCCGGUGCGGCGCUGCUGAUUCUCCUGUAUCUGCCGCUGUUUCCAGCCAGAGCCCCAGUAAUACCAGAGUCUGACAUGGAAACAAACUACAGCUCUCCCUCUCCUUCCACUGAUACCCUGGGUCUUGGCACUACGCCAUCCUCACAGCUUGGGCAGGAGCUGGCUGUGGCCUAUUUCCUUCUCCUCCUGUUGGUGUGGUUCUUGAAUCGAGAGUUCGAAGUCAGUUACCGUUUGCACUACCAUGGAGACGUGGAAGCCGACCUUCACCGCACCAAAAUCCAGAGUAUGAGAGAUCAGGCCGACUGGCUUCUUCGCAACAUCAUCCCUUAUCACGUGGCUGAGCAACUGAAGGUCUCCCAGAGUUACUCCAAAAACCACGACGACGCUGGUGUCAUAUUCGCCAGCAUAGUCAACUUCAGUGAAUUCUACGAAGAGAACUAUGAGGGUGGCAAAGAGUGCUACCGCGUUCUCAAUGAGCUCAUCGGAGAUUUUGAUGAACUCCUCAGUAAGCCGCAUUACUCUUGCAUUGAGAAGAUCAAAACCAUUGGAGCCACAUACAUGGCUGCUUCUGGGCUGAACCCAUCUCAGUGCCAGGACAGCAGCCAACCUCACCGCCACCUGCAGACGCUCUUUGAGUUUGCCAAGGAAAUGAUGAACGUGGUGGACGAUUUCAACAACAACAUGCUGUGGUUUAAUUUCAAGCUCCGCAUUGGGUUCAACCACGGCCCACUGACUGCUGGCGUGAUUGGUACCACCAAGUUGCUUUACGACAUCUGGGGGGACACUGUGAACAUUGCCAGCAGAAUGGACACAACAGGUGUGGAGUGCCGCAUUCAAGCGAGUGAGGAAAGCUAUAGGGUGCUUGUGAAAAUGGGCUAUGACUUUGACUACAGAGGGACCGUCAAUGUCAAGGGCAAGGGACAGAUGAAAACAUACCUAUACCCAAAGUGUACGGACAACGGAGGCCUAGUGCCCCACCAUCAGCUGUCUAUCUCUCCAGAUAUCCGGGUACAGGUGGAUGGGAGCAUUGGUCGCUCACCCACAGAUGAAAUUAGCAGUCUGGUGACUGGAGGGAAAGGGGUGGUGGAAGCAGGAGUUGGGGAAACAGGACGCAAGCGGGAGAAGAUAGAGGACAGAGGCCGAGAUGGAGGAGCGCGGUGAGAUGGGUGGAGCAGAGAAGGACCGUAUAGCUUGUGGGAGCCGCCAGUCAUGAACUGGUGGCCCAGAAGAGCACUUAGGUUCUCCACUCUAACACUCAUAGACCUUUAUUUCUGUGCUAAAGAGCCACUCCAUCAUUCCACAACUCAGUCUUAUGGUGAGGUGGCUUACAACGGUUACCUACAGAGAUGGCUCUUAAUUCUCUGAGUUAUGUGCUGUUCUGAGUAAGAUCUACAUGUUUAUCGUGAGUUGGGAGCUUCUAUAUAUCCUCUGUCUUAAGCACAGAGGUGACUCUUCAUACUGUGCUUACUAGCCACGGUAUGGUAGUAAGGCCGAGGUUCCAACUCUGUUGCAGCCUACAUUUCGUCUCAUGGUGACCGUAUUGUACUUCUCGCGCCGUGUUUAUAAAUACUCCAAACUGAGGCAUGCCACCUCCUCCUGGCAGAUUACCUCUGACGGGUCACACAGACACUGGACCUCAGAUACACAAAUGGGAAAACCAAUCUCUUGUCCCUAUCUCAAGCCUCCUCCUUGCACCAACCUUCUUCAGCCAUACUGAGGAUUGAACUAAGUGCCUUCCGCUCUGUGGGUAUCUCCCGCCCAGCUGAGAAGACAGUGACAUCUUGACGCAAUUCUCGCCAGUACUUGCCAAAAGCAUGCGCCUCUCUGGAAUGCUUUCCACCCACGGCAAACAAGUGGUUUUGGGGAGGAGGGGGGGAAGGGGAUUUAUUUUUUACAAUAAGUAGUGAGUUCUUUUGUUUCUCUUUUAAGACGAUGCGAUUGUAUUGUAUUUUCAGUAACACUCUAGCUGCCUAACAGGUCCCGUUAUAGGUGCGCUGCCUCCUGCGUUUUAAGAGUAUCAUGAAGAAAAAAAAUAUCCAAUCUUAGUUUGUGUUUACUGACACCCCUGAGGGUCGCUGAGAUGUUUUUCCAACCUUGUUGUUGCCACAACAGAACAAUGUAAUAAGAUACCUCUCUUGCUAUAAGACAAAGCUUCCCUCUGUACUGCUCAGAGCAGGAUGGUGGCCAUAUUGUAUGCAAAGAGAUUCCUGUUAAGGGGGAAGUAUCACUUUUUACGAUAUUGACCAGACAUCUUUUCCAUGAGUAACAAAUAGUGUGAUGUCAUGAGGAAUUGUUUCUUCUACUGAAAUCUGAAAUUUACUGCAGGAACAGAGGUUGGCACACAUCAGCUGCACUCACCAUGGCUUAUUGGCCCUACACACUAUGCGAUCCACCGCCGAGCUGUCCGACGGCGGAUACGGCCGACGGGCAACCUGGCGGCGGGGGCACAGUGACGGGAGGAGUGAAGUUUCUUCACCCCCCCGUCACCUGGCUCCUUAGCAGUGCAUGCAAAUAUGGACGAGAUCGUCCAUAUUGGCCUGCAUACACAAGCGACGGCUCACCAACGAUAAACGAGCACGGGGCCGCACAUCGUUCAUCGCUGGAGCCUCCACACUCAAAGAUAUGAACGGUAUCUCGUUCAUUAAUGAACGAGAUCGUUCAUAUCUUUCAGUAAUAUCGCCCAGUGUGUAGGGCCUAUUAGGCUCUAACUUGUAAACUCUUCCUGCCUUCUGAAUGGCACAGCUCAGUCUCCUGGCGUAAAAAAUUAUAUAGGGAAAGAUUUACCGAAGCUUGGAGAGAGAUAAAGCGGAGAGAGAUAACGUACCAGCCAAUCAGCUUCUUUGAAAAAUGACAGGAGCUGAUUAGUUGGUACUUUCUCCACUCUCUCCAAGAUUUGACACAUCUCCCCCACUACUGUUCUUACUUAAAGAAACGCAAAUUGCUGCGUAAUCCAAGAAGAGAAAUAAAAAAUAUACAUAUUAAAAAUAUAUGAUUCUUGCUAGAACAAUGAGAAAAGGUAGGGACAAUUUGAAGCUGUACCCCUGUGGUAAAAUAUGCAAAUGAUCCUUUUCAAAAGUUGAAGGGGCUUCUGGGUAAAGCCAGUUAUUGCAGAUGGCAGUCCAUUCAGCCACUGCCUCAUCCAUAGGGGUUUCAGAGCAAGACAAAGGCUUUUCCUGAAGCAGAUCAUCCGCCUCUAGACUGCUCUAGUACAGCCCUGGCCAACCUGUGGCUCUCCAGCUGUUGUGAAACUACACGUCCCAGCAUGCCCAGCUACACUUGUGAUGUUAGGAAAUGCUAAAACCGUGGCAGAGCAUGCUGGGAGGUGUAGUUUCACAACAGCUGGAGAGCCACAGGUUGGCCAGGCCUGCUCUAGUACAUGGCAUUACCCAUAGGUAGGCUUGCCAUACUAUCCCUUUAAACAGGGACGCUCAUGGAUUACACAGGUUCUGUGGCUGAUUAAAACCAGGUGAAAUGCAGGCUUGAGGUCAGCCAGCCACAGAACCUGUGUAAUUCAUGAGUGUCCUGGUUUAAAGGGAUAGUAUGGUAAGCCUGCCCAUAGGUUACCUUAUAAAGCCGAUACUUCCUCUUUAAUCAGGAAAUAGGACUAGGUAUAACUAUACUGCUAUGGCUGAUGACGGGUGAGUUAAUUUCCUAAGUACUUAUGUGUUGAUGUGGGCUUAUACAUGUGUACAGUAUCCCCUUGAACUGCAAAAAAUAUAUAUAUACCUGUGUACAUACAUAACAUAUGUUAUUUAUAGGGCCAAAUCUAGAUUUUAGGACAUAGACAAGGCGUUUAUGGUGCCUCUAUUUAUUUCCCAUGUGCCAAUGUUUACCAGAAAGCUGUGUGGGGUCAGCAGUGAGGGUUGUGGGGUACAGUCAGCAUGACAAAGGGGACAGGUCACAGCUCCUCCCCAAGGCCUCCGUAACCUACCGUACAAUUUGGCUUUAGUCAUCUCUAAAAAAGUUAGUAUGGGUGUGUAUAUAUAUAUAUAUAUAUAUAAUAUAUAUAUAGAGAGAGAGAGAGAGAGAGAAGAAGAAGAAGAAAACACUGCAGCACUCGUACAC